UCUUUCUCUCUCUCUCUUACCCUAUUUUUCCAAACCAAGCGCUCUGCCUCUCAUUUCAUGGUGAUGACGGCGAUGACCGCAGGGAUGAGCACGGCAGGCAUCCAUCGAGGCUUCCUCAGGAAAUAUGGAGGCUUCAUGUUUAAGCAGUGGAAGGAGAAGUACCUGGUGCUGACCAUGGAGGGAAGCCUGAUGGUGUGCCGUGAUGCAGAGUCUCCUCCAGACCAGGUGGUCUCGCUCCAAACCAGCUGUGAGGCCGUGGUGGAGGGACGGGAAAUCCUGGACCUCCCCAAGCUGCCACCAGGGGGCAGGAGGGACUGCUGCUUCGCCCUCAUUCUGCCCCAGAACAAGUUCCUGCUGCUGCUCUCAGACAACCCUGACGACUGCAGUCUUUGGCUGAAGUUGAUCAGGAAAGUGAGAGAGGGUGUCGUGUCAUCCAUGGUCCUUCAGAGGCAGCGCAGCAUCACUCCCUGCAUCACCGACAGAGACCCGCUGCCCGACUCCUCCAGCGAUAAGGACCCCGGCUCACCCAGGGUCAGUGAGGGAACUCCUCCGCUGUCUGGAGUCCCCGAACGCGGAGGCUCCUUCAGAGACAGAGGCCAAAACCAAGCCAGCGCCCCCCGGCGGCCGCUUCGUAGUGUGUCUGUGGCCCCCCCCCAUCGCGUGUCCGACUGUCUUCGCCAUGGCAACAGCAGCGAUGCUCGUGCGGUGAGGGCGGUGUGCCUGCUGAUGGGGGGCGCGGCGGCCUCGUCCGCUCUGGGCUACCUCAACUCCUGCCCCCCGUCGUCCUCGCUCGCCAGCAGAGCCCCGGAGAUGGCCCACGGCGCGGGGGGCUUCUCGGAGCUGGGCGGGGGAGGCUCCUUCCACGCCUGCAGCCAGGACGUUGACUCCCCCCACUUCAACAGCUUUGACUUUGAAGGAGACUCCGACUUUGAUGCGUUCGACUGUGGGGGAUUUGCUUUUUAACUGUGCUGGUUUUCCUUUAUCAAACACCCUUGUGUUCCUGAGGAUACUGUACCUCGGGAUCGACUGGUGAGCUGACAGCUGCAUGGACCUUCAUGAGGGAGUUAUAACAGUAGUGCUUAGUCAUUGUUGUGUAGAUUUUAUAUGGCUAAAUGAUGUGACCUCUGUGACUAUUUCCUGCUCGUCCUCAUUCUUUGUAUUCAUUGGCUUUUUGCUCAGUUUCCUUUUGCCCUGCUUUAAACCAAAGCGUCACCCGCCACGCACCAUCUGCACAUAUCUAGGACAAACCCAGUGCAGAGGUGAACUCUGAAUAAAUCCUGUCUUUCUCUCUGUCUA